AUGGGCCCCUUUACCGCCUCCUCAUGCUGCUGCCAGGCCCGUAAUCUGCCAUGGGCCCCCGUACCAACUCCUCAUGCUGCUGCCAGGCCUGUAAUCUGUCCAUGGGCCCCUGUACCGCCUCCUCAUGCUGCUGCCAGGUCCAGAGUGUGUCAUGGGUCCCUGUACGGCCUCCCAUUGCUGCUGUCUCCAUCGCCACACUCUGCCAUGUGCCACUUUCAGGUCUCCUCACACUGCUGGUGGGUUCCAUUUUUUCAUAGGGUGCUGUAUGGCCUCCCAUUGCUGCUGCCUCCACCGCCACACUGUGGCUCCACACUCUGGUUUUGGCCCCGUGACUGCCCAAAUGAGUGAAGUGUGCGGUGAUUCUAAGAUCGACGGCACUCAUCUAAGGGCAUUUAAAUUAAAGGUACAGUGUUCU